AUGGCUUACCCACAUUACCGAUCACAGUUCGGAGAUACAACGUUCACUAAGGUCUUCGUUGGAGGCCUAGCUUGGGAGACUCCAACCGAAGAAAUGCGCAAAUAUUUUGAGCAGUUUGGUGACAUUCUUGAAGCUGUCAUUAUCACUGAUAAGAACACAGGAAAAUCUAAAGGCUACGGAUUCGUAACAUUCCGUGAUCCAGAAUCAGCUAGAAGGGCAUGUGCUGAUCCAAACCCAGUGAUAGAUGGAAGAAGAGCAAAUUGCAACAUUGCUUCUCUAGGAAGACCUAGACCAUCACCACCAAGAGGAAGAGGUACAUUCCAGGGAGGAGCACCAGGAACAGCUUCAUACAGUGGUGUGCCGUCGGCAGGACCACCGGCACUAGCACCGCCGCCGCCGCCACCACCACCGCUGGUGUACCCGCCAUAUGGCUACCCUACCUACACCCCUGAUUAUGGGUACCAUCAAGCCACAUUGUAUAACCCACAAAUUCAGCCACCACAAUACUACCAACAACUCUAUGGACCAUCAUCCUCCACCAUGGGUUCCCCAUAUUACUAUGGCUAUUCUGUGCAAGCACCAAGAGGUACCUUUUCUACACCCCAACCACAUCGCAUACCAGCUGGACCCUCCUAUCUAUACUACCCUACGCCAAUGGAAGGCUCAUUUUCUGCAUAUCGUCCACCACCUCAAUUGCAACAACUACCAAUAAGGCAACCCCCUCCUUCCCCUAGUGACUCACAGACUCAGCAACGUACCUCGUCCGAGGCAGCAGGUGGAGUAGUUAUAACUUCAGAAAGUUCAAAUACCCAAGGGAGGAACUGA